GUCCCUCUGCGAGUCAAACCGAAGGCUCAACUCGUUCAGUCUUCAGGCGACCCACCACGGGUGAGACCACUCGACGCGUCAGGAGCGCCCGUGUUUCGUGUGACAGUGAUCUGUUCGUCCUGAGUUUCGCGACCUGUGCUCAGCGUGCGACUCAAGUGUAUCGGGCCGACAUCUCUGUGUCAUUGUUCAAUCGUGACCGGCUUGUCCGCGGCCCGGGGGGCCGACCGUCCUAACCCUGUUGAACACGUCUCCACCCACCACCGGUGUGAGCGCUCCAAGAGUCCGACCCUAAUUUGGGGCCUUACAGUCGAACUAGUUAUGUGAGCUGCCAUUCCUCUGCUUUGCAUCGUUCAAGGGGCCAGAAUGAAUUAUAUUCUUAAUUUAUGCUUGCUACGGAUCCUCCUCCCCGCCGUAUUAACCACAUGUGUGGCUAUACGGCAGGAUGGGGUGUCAUUUAUCUAUCUCAUAUUGCUGCUUUACCUCCCAUUUGUUUCCCUUCCGACUUCAAGGGACGCCUGUCAUGCAGGACGUUACCUGAAGGGUGUUAUAGCCACAUCGGGGCUUGUGGCUUUAGGAAAAUUAAUUUUUCAAAUUGUUCUUUUGAGCAUGCCUCCAUAUGCCUCUUUCCUGCCAAAAUGUGAAGAAUUAGAAGCUGCCCUUAGAAUAGCUGGUUUGAUACGCUUAGACAGUGUUGCUGCUGUUGAUUGCAUGAGAUGGGUCCUACCUGAGGCGCUACUUCUUGCCUCAUCCUUGUCUCUUUACAUUGUAUGUGCCAGACCAAAGAAAAAAGAUAUUGAAGAGUGCCAUACGGAUGUAACAAGGACAGACAGCAAUACAGAAAGUCAAGAUCCUGCCUUAAAGUCCAAGUUUAAUUUCCUCACUGCCAUUGGGAAGUAUGUUGUUCUGUGUGCAUUUUGUGUCACGGGCGCAGUAUGUCCCUCCGUCCUGAACAUGGUUUAUUACCUAUCUUUUAUUAUUGCAACUACGUAUUGGUCAUGUUACAAACAGCUAGCAGGCAAAUUUGCAGUUGUCUGUAGAGUUAUACAAACAUAUGCUGCUUUGCAUUUGUUGGUGCUGUUCUUAGUUCAAGUUCCAUGGCCAGAGGAUUGGUUUAUGAUUAGAGAAGACAUUGGAAGAUAUCUUGCCUUAAAACCUGUUUACAAAACAAACUGCACUGAUGAUCCUCGUACUUUAAUUAGCCAAAACCAGCACUGGAGCAUUUAUGCAAACCCUUUGGCUGUGCUCAUCUUGUAUUUCAUACUAGGAUAUGAAUAUGCCCUCCUUAGAAGGCCUACGGACAAGGAUUCAGCUAAAGCUGGUGGUAUGAGUCGCCAACUCUCUCUGCGUCUGUCACAACAAAAACUGUUUCGAAACUCUACAAGCAGAUGGCGCUCUGCCACCAGAAAAGUUCGUGCCCGAAGUAUGCCCGAAUGCCAUGAGGAGACGCCUCUGAUACAGGGUGCUAUUCCGAACAAAUACCAGACAACAAGAAGAGGACAAGGCAGUUCUCUUGAUCUUGGAGCCAUAUCAGUAAUUGACGGUGCCAGUGGACGAGAGAGAGCAGAGUCCAUUCAACUUUUCCCAAUUACUGAUGCAUCCAAUUUAGAAAGAAGUGAGGAUCUUGGCGAUCAUUGGCUUGAUAAACUACUUGACUCUGUUGUUACUGUUUUCCAACUCAUCAUAAGAUCAUCUUACAUUGUUACAAAUAUCAUUAUGAUGACGUGGAGUAUAACAUAUCACUCUUGGUUGACAUUUUUUCUUCUCCUGUGGGCUUCAAUCCUGUGGAUGGUCCCAAAUCAAAGAAGGUGGAUGCUACAUUGCUCACCUUUCCUUGUAACAUAUGCAUUAUUCCUUUUGAUUGCUCAGUAUGUUUACUCCCUUGAUCUCACCGAGCUACCAGAAAAUGUUAAUUCUACUAUUAAUCUGAAGCAAAUUGGUUUCGAGAAACCUAUAAAUGUGUCACCAAGCAAACCUGUUUUAAUCAAGAGUUUGUAUACUGUCAUGUUUUGGAUAACAUUGCGUCAGUACAUGCAAGAGAGGUGGCAAGCUAGAAACACUUCUGCUCUUGCUGACAUGGCUGCCCCGUUACAAAUAACUGUAACUACUGCCACCUCUGGAAUGCAGUCUCCUCCACCUGCAGAAGCCCCUUCACCUUUUAUGCGGCGUUUGGGGAUUUACGUUAAGGAACUAUUGACUAAGUUCUGGAUCUGGGUUGUUGCCAUAAUGUUAUUUGUCAUUGGUAUAACUGGUGACAAGAUGACAGGAUUCCGUAUAGUGUAUAUGGGACUAUUUCUUGUCUUCAUCCUCACCUUCAAGCUGUCAUACAAAGCAUGGAGAAGAAUGCUGUAUGGGUUCUGGCUAACUGUCAUUGUCUUUUCAAUGAUAAUCCUUGUGCUUAUAUAUACGUACCAGUUUGACAACUUCAACACUUACUGGGAUACCUAUCUGGGUAUUCCAGAGCAAUUGCAAGCAGAUAUUGGUUUGCAAAAAUUCCACACAAAGGACUUGUUUGUCCGUUUAAUAACACCCACAUUCUUUGUAAUUAUAACAGCUAUUCAAAUGAAUUACUUCCACAAAGAUUUUCUGGCAAUUUCUGACAUCAAAAGCAGAGGCGUCAGCUUCUCGCAACAAUCUAGAAGCAGAGCAUCUCACAAAUCAGAUACUUCUUCUGAACCUGGAGCCCCAGCCCGAAGUGAAACUGAUGGAGCUUCAACUGCCCCAUCACAGCGCCGAGGAAAAUUCCAAGUUUUGCGCCACAUAUCUUCGCUACGGGGGCGUAGGAGUCUGCAGCAAGGCAUUCAUCUCUUGAAGCAAUUUAUUGAGCUUGUCUGGUUGUUCCUUGAGCUACACAUUUCCAAACUAAUGCUUCUCACUGUGAUGCUUCUCUGUAUUGCUGUGCCUUGUGCUUUGCACUUUCCAAUGGUUCUGUUGGUUGUGGUUUCUCUUGCUUUUAGUAGUAGAGCCCAAGAAAUUGCCUGCAACAUAUGCUCUGUUUGGGUUGCUCUCUUGAUGCUUGGAACUAUGAUUUACCAAAUUGAAUACAUUGAUAUGAAGGUCUGGGAUUAUGAAUGCAUUAGACACAAGUGGAAUACAUCAUUAGGAGAAAAACAGGAGUUUAAUAUCACAUUAAAUAAUGCUCUUUGGCUUGGAUUUAGAAAAGCUGAUUCUAAAGCCACAUUGUCUGAUGUAGUCAAGGGUUACAUUGGUGUUAUUUUGGUUGCAUCUUUUGUUACUGUUGUGAACAUUCAUCAAACAUACAAGAGAUCACUCAGAGGUCGCUCCAUCAGUACACCUCAGUACAUGUUUCCAAGGAUUACAAGAGCAGAUGCUGAUAAAAAUAUUUUAAAUUGUGUGAAGUACAUUCUCAAUUAUGGUUUCUAUCGUUUCGGUAUAGAGAUCUGUAUGGUCGCAAUGGUUGCACUAAUUGGGACCAGAGUUGAUUUCUACGCUAUGCUUCAUGCUAUCUGGCUCUUAGCUAUGUUUGCAAUGAAGAGAGAACGCAUAGCUCGUUUGUGGACUCCAUACAUUUCUUUCAUAAUCAUAUGCCUUAUCAUUCAGUACAUUAUGGUGGUUGAUGUCCCUCCAUCACUCUGUGUUGAUUAUCCAUGGGAUAUGUCAGAUAUGUUAAAAGGCCUUCAAGAAUGGAUGUUUUUACCUGAUCCCAUAAACAAACCUGAGAUUGGGAAAAUAGCAUGUGAUUUCAUUCUUCUUAUGUUUGUGUCUUGUCAAGGAUUGGCUUUUAGAAUUGAAAGAAAGUAUCCAGAUAAUAGUUUCCCUGGUGGAAGUAAUGCUAGUAUUAUUCAUGAGUAUGACAACAAAGAUUUUGUCAACCCUGUUCCAGAUUACAUAUCUUCCAUAAGAUCAUGGUUAGACGUUGUAAAACGUGGUGUCUUGUUGAGCAUGAUGUGGCUUACACUUGCCAUCAUGUUCCUUGCUGGAACAAAUCGAGUUAACCUCUUCUCACUUGGAUAUCUCAUAGGAGCAUUUGUAUUUCUCUGGAUGGGCAGCGACUUGUAUUUGCGGGAUAUACGAGUCAUCCACAAAUGGUGGAAUGCACUUCUUGGCUACAAUGUGGCUGUCAUUUUUCUGAAAACUCUUCUCCAAGUUAUUGGCUGUAUUUUUAUGGAACAAGUACAGUCAAAUGCAUGUUGGUUUGUUCAGUUAAUGGGCAUUGCCUGCAUCAGGAAAUUCCAUGGAUUUGUUCCCACGUUUAUUGGACGCCCUGAGGAAUCUUCAAAUGGUUGUACUGUGCACCUAGAAAGCUAUGGCCUGGCUUGGGAUGGUGUGUGCUUUGGAUUUUUGUUACUCCAAAGACGCCUCUUCCAAUCUUAUUACUUUUUCCACAUUGUAGAUGAAACAAAAGCAAUGACUAUCCUAGCAUCAAGAGGAGCAGAAUUAAUAGAGGAGUUAAGGCAAAAGCAAAUUAUGGAACAGAUGGAAAGAGAGAAUCAAAUUCUUGAAAAUAUAAAGUUGAAAAUGGAACGAAUUAAAGCAUCUCAGAUGAAAGUUCAGGGGCCAUCAUAUCGUGAGCCAAGCAGCCAUUUCACUGCUGUCCUAUCUGGAGACUACUACAUGUUUGAAGACAUGCCAGAAGCUGAUUUGGUUGAUCCUACUGAUGUGGGGCGCAAAGAAGAUGAUGAAGCUGAAGACAGAUUAGCAGGUCAACUAACCAUCAGCAAGCUUUUCAGUGAGGCAUUAAAGACCGACAUCAAGCAGGCAGUUGACAAAGCUCACGCAUCAUCAGCAACUGGCACACUUCAGAAAAGGGCCUCCUUCACCACAGCGGAUUCUGAGCUUAGCUGUGGCAGUCGUGGAACAAGAAGAAGCAGUCGCAGGAGCAGCCAGAGAAGUGCUGGUUUAGCUGGUCCGGAUACUAUGCCUACAACUGCCACUACCACGUCAUCUGCGCAUCUGAGUCCGGAUGGUGCAGUCCUCCCUCAAGAUGCUAGGGAUGGAGAGGAUCCAGGAGAUCAAAAACCAUUGGUUUCCUCAGAGCAUGGUUCCAGUUCAGACGGAGAGGAGUUAGAAGCUGAUGAAGUUGAAGUAAGACAGGAAUCUUGGCUGAGUAAAAUAAGCCAACUACUCCACUUUUUGAUUGUAUCCUUAAACUCCAUCAUGGUAUCCCUGACUCGAUGGUUAAAUACAUUCUCUCGAGAUUACCGCUAUGUGUCAAGAGUACUUGCAGUUGAAAAGAAACUUCUUAAGGAAGAACCUGAUUUUGGAGAAGGUAAACGUGUCGGCCUUGCAAAAAUGUGGCAACCUUCACCACAAGCACUUCAAGUUCAUCGUUCUAGGGAGGAGAUGCUUUCCACUAACCUUCCCCAACGUGCUGCAGUUGGCCAAUCUAAUAGUGACAUGAAUCGGCUCCAUGUAAGGCAGCUUAAGACUGCGCUCUGUCUACCUUCUAUUCGAGUCCUUGCUCCUAGUCUUGAAGUGGGACUAGAUGAAUGUGUAGAGAGCAAUGUUUCACCCGCAAGUAGCAGUCCUCAGGCUGGACUCAGUUCUGCAGAGCAACCACCGGUUGUCCAACUUCUUCUUGCAGUGUGGUACACAAUAGUUUCGCACUCUGACCUGGCCUGUUUCUUUAUGAUAUUCUUGCAUCAAAUGAAGUCUGCUACAAUUUUGUCCAUUCCCCUACCACUCAUGGUUUUCUUGUGGGGUACCCUUACUGUUCCACGACCUUCGACAACCUUUUGGGUGGUCAUCAUUGCUUAUACUGAGGUUAUGGUGGUUAUAAAGUGUAUGUUCCAAUUUGAUUUAUUACCUUGGAAUCAUGAGGAUAAUGUCCCCUCCAAUACAAAGAACCCAUUCUGGCCGCCAAGGAUAAUAGGCAUAGAGAAAAAGCCAAAUUAUGCUGUCUUUGAUCUAUCUUUAUUGCUGGUUCUCUUUUUCCACAGAUUUAUGUUAAAAUCUCUGGGACUCUGGAAAUCCCUUUAUGAAGAUGAUUCUACCUACCCACAAGACAAUGAUCAUUUUGAGUUUGUUCAAGAGAGUAGCAGUGAAGAGAGAAAAAGCAAGCAAGAAGAACAUGACAAGAAGAGGGAUGAUAAAAUAGCUAGUGAAAGUGCUGAUUCUGUGCACACCACCCACAGUGACCCUGGAGUACGGCGCGUUUCAAUCUACGAACCUGGAAUGCAAUUGACUCAUCGAGGGUCCCUCAAAACCUUCACAUUAUCUGAUGGGCGCAGAAUAAGUAUGAUUAGACCAUCAUGGUUGGAGGAUGGAGAUCGACAAAGAGGAAUACUUACUGAUACAAAUCAAGAAGUACUAGUUGAUGGUUCGGUUCUUGAUGGAAUGGUGAUGAGCCCUGUGGAAUCGAAUCAAAGCAAACAAAUUGUUGUUGCCAAAACCUUCAGGGAAAACGCCAUGGACAGAUUUCCUUCUAUCUUGAAAUUGACGUGGAAGAGGUACAUGACCUCCAUGAGAACAUUUUUUAAACUGCUUCUGGAUCCAGGAUCAAGAGUAAAUGCUGAUGUUUAUGCUUACAUGUUCAUGUGUGAUUUCUUCAAUUUUAUGGUCGUGAUAUUUGGUUUUUCUGCUUUUGGUUCAGCAGCUGGCGGUGGUAGUGUUUCUGAAUACUUUGAAGAGAACAAAGUUCCUGUGCCAUUUUUGGUGAUGUUAAUUCUUCAAUUUGCCUUGAUUAUCAUUGACCGAACUCUGUACUUACGGAAAUAUAUUCUUGGAAAGAUUAUUUUCCAAUGUGGUCUUGUAGUUGGGAUCCACAUAUGGAUGUUUUUCAUUUUACCUGGCGUAACUGAAAGAAAAUUCAACGAAACCCUUCCACCCCAGAUGUGGUAUGUUGUGAAGUGUUUUUAUCUCUUGUUAUCAGCCUACCAAAUUAGAUCAGGGUACCCAACUCGCAUCCUGGGAAAUUUCUUGUGUAAAGCUUAUAACUAUCUCAACAUGUAUCUUUUCAAAGUGUUUAUGACAAUACCUUUUGUCUUUGAGCUCCGCGCUAUAAUGGACUGGAUGUGGACUGAUACAUCAAUGUCAUUGAUGGAAUGGUUAAAAAUGGAAGACAUAUUUUCCCAGCUAUUCCAGCUUAAGUGUGAAAGACGGGCUCAGACUGAAUAUCCACAGCCGAGGGGAGUCCGCAAAAAUGUAAUAGUUAAAUACCUUGUUGGUGGUCUUGGUCUACUGUUUAUAAUAGCUAUCAUUUGGUUCCCACUGGUGCUAUUUGCCUUGGGGAAUACUGUUGGUAGCCCUAAUUUGCCUCUGAAAAUGACAUUGCGGAUGCGACUUGGUCAUUUUGAGCCAAUUUAUGACAUAGCAGCCGAAGGAAACCAAAUAAGAGAGUACAAUGAGAAUCAAUGGCGCAUUCUCAAUGGUGUUUAUCGACAGUAUCAAUCAGCUCAGAAUUUCUUGUCUAACUAUGACAACCAAGCUGUUGCAAUGAUCCUGUUCAAUAUUCACUCUGGAAGCCUAUGGACAAUAACUCCCCCAGACUUAAUCAAAUUGAGAGAAGAAGUUGCAUCAGACAUGCCUUUUAAUGUCACAAUUGAUUGGCGAGUGGAACGGCGCCAAAGCAGUCCUGAAGAUAAAGGAUAUUCAGAGGGGACUCACACAAUUCAUUUGCCAGCAAUAGAUCCCAAGUCAGGGAACAGGAAUACUGUUCGUCAAAAUUUACAGACGGUGCUGGAAGCCACAAUAAAUAAUACUUCCCCAAUGGUUGGAAACAGCUCAUCAGAAAGUAUUUCUAUUGUUAUUCCCAAUCUCUUACCCAAAUUGAUCAAAGUAAACAGCAAUGGAGCCAAUCCAAUUUUGCAAUUACUUCCUGGCAAAGAUGCUGACACUCAGUACCGAGAUGUAAUCCUUAAAAUGAAUUACGGUAGCUCUACCCUAAAGUGGUGGACAGUCCUGGAAGAUUGUAAUGACCAAACAUUCCAAGAGAUUAUCAAAAAUAUUCCUUCAGCUGGUUCAGAGUCUAAUUGUAAUCAAACACUCUUGAUUUAUACAUUCAAUGACAAAACCUUCCCUGCUACGCUGAGUAUGUUCUCUGGAAAAGGCAUUAUUGGAUUGUAUGCUUCAUUUGUGUUGGUGGCUAGUCAGUUUGUACGAUCCUUCUUCAGUAACUUGGCUUCCAAAAUUAUGUUUGAAGACUUGCCAAAUGUUGACCGCAUUCUUCAACUAUGUCUCGACAUAUACCUUGUGCGAGAAAGUGGAGAGCUGGAUUUGGAAGAGGACUUGUUUGCUAAGCUAGUCUUCUUGUAUAGAUCUCCAGAAACUAUGAUAGAAUGGACAAGAGAACGGAAAGAAGGUGAUGAUAGAGACUCACCCGAAGCGUCAAUUGCUCAAGAGUAAUCUGUCAAAGAUUAGUUCUGAAUUCAAUUUUAAGGCAUUAAUGUGCUUUGAAUACCAGUGAUACUCAAAUCAUUUGAAUUAUUUGUGUGAAAACUAGUCGAUACUGUUCUCUAUUGCACAUAUCUCAAAGAUGUCUUUGAACAGCUCUUAGUUUUCUAUGUUUUUCAUUCCCUUAGACUUAUUUCAAUGAGUUGUGGUGUGAAAGUGGUAUAUAGUUUUAUAUCCAUCCAGUGAACUUUGCUCUUAAUUUUGUUUAAUGUACUGUACCUGUUAAAACUUCUUUUAAGACGUAUGUAAUUGUAAUUAUUCUUGUGAUUGAAUUUUGCAUUGUUCAGUGGGCAUCUGAAAGAUAUUGUAAAACUUUUAUGAAUAACUCUUUUCCCAACUCUUCUUUGGUUAUCAAUGUUUUUAGGUUGUGAAUUACCCAUUUAGACCCCUGGACUUCUUUAGAAAUUUGUUUUCUUGGCAUAUCACUUAGCAACUACUUACCUUCCACAGGGUAAGAGGAAUUUGGUGGCUUGGCAGGGUUUACUGGUUCAUUUUAUUGUUAAAGGGAACAAGACCAGGAACGGUGCUAGUCUUCUAUUCUUAUAUCUGUCUAUGGCUCAAGGGCUUUAAAAUGUGUUCUUAAUCUUUUCCAGACUUUGCAAAUUUUACACUUGAAUCAAAGCCAUCACAAAGAUUUCCUAAUAGUGGAAAAUUUGUUUUAACUUUUUAUAUUAUAAUUUUAACUGUACCUUGGGUAUUGUAAAACUUUUCUCACAAUUGUACAACUUAUAAUUAUUUUCCAAAGUUUGUAUUUUACCAAAUACAAGAAUGUUUUGGUCAUGGUGGUUUUAAAACUUCACAUACCUUACCUUUUUCAAGUAAUUAAUGCCAGAUUCUUUGCUGUGCCCAAUCUUUUUACUUUGAUGUAUAAUGUAAGUGGCCAGAUUUGUUGGGGAUCCAAAUUAGAAAUGAAAUUAACUGUAUUUAAUGAAAUUCUAGAUUAUUGUGUUUUUAAUGGUAAGACUGAUUUUCCUCCUGUUAUGCUAAUCACCUCAUUGAAUGUUUGUGUACUCUGAAACAUUCACAUUUUUUGUUUCAUUUUAAAGUACAUAUCAUUUCAUUGUCAUUACAUUGUACGCAAUUUUAACUGUUGUAGUGUAGCAUAUCUUUUUGUUGUUGUUUUUUUAUCUUUUCAGCUGGAUUCUGCAGAUCUUUGUCAUUUUUACUGACAUGUGUUUUUUAAAUAUUCUGUAUGUUAUCUUGCUAAUGCAGCAUACAGAAAUAAAUCAGCCUAAUCUUUGAAUCAUAUCUUAAGCAAAUUAUAUUUUAAAAGCAGAAUACUCAAAUCCAGUUUGUAAAAAAAUCUUUGUACCUAUAUUAGUGUUGAAUAAAACAUCAUUUUAGACAGAAA